AUGUCUGUCAAACGUAAAGCAACAACGGUGGACAACCCUCUUGAUACCAUAGGCUUUGAAAGAAGGUUCGAAACAUCCAGAGUGCUUCGAGGAAGAGUGGCACCGAAGCAUGAGGAAAUCGACUUCAGUCACAUCGUUCCGACGAACAACACCGCGCUGUUCUUCCAACUGCCUCGUGAGCUUCGCGACAUGGUAUACCAGUUCUUGUGGUUAGACGCGCAGAUUCACCAGCGGUACAAAAAAAAGCAUUUCAUCGUCACAUACGGCGACCAAGGCGGGCUAGGACUUGAGGAUACAAGUCAAGGCAAGAUGAUGUUGGAAGGUCUGGCAGAGUUUCAUCGGCGUGCGGUGUGGAUAUUUGAAUCCUGGGGCAAGACCGACAAAAAGGAAUACAUCUUUCCCCUCAUCAAACCGGCUCUUGUUCAUGAGCAACACCUCUACGUCGACGGUACAGGCAGCAGACCUCACCAUAGAGGGCUGAUCUACUUCAGCAAAGAUGUGGCAUGGUCGACGCAAGAUGAGGUGGGACCUCCGCAUAUCGUAACGCUUCGAGCCAAUACGAUCGGCCUGGUCGAUCUCAUGUCGGACUCGGUUGAUGCAAUCAGUGACGUACGGAAAGUCAAAAUCUAUCUCCAGAUCCAUGACCAGCGUUUCAGGUUCCGUCGAGUUCAGGGCACAUUGCGUCCGUGGAACCUCUAUCAUGUUCCAGACAUCAUGUUCGACUUCACAGAGCUUGAUCGCUUGGCGGUCCAUAAGCGGCUUCAAGUCUUUGAAGUUGAGGUUCAGGUCUUCAAGGAUGGGAUCAUUCAAAGCUGCGCCAAUUUGGACCGAGCGAUGGCGAAUCUAAUCACCGAAUUAAAGAUCGUUGGGAAAGCAUUGCUACCAGAGGGAAAGUUUGUCCAGACGGAAUCUCAGCCAGGUUGGCCACUUGUGAGCGGCGUAAAAUGUAUCAGCCUUGUGGUUUCUUAG